AUGUCAGAUCAAGAACAACAACAACAACCAGCUCAACUUGAGCAAGAACAAGUCCAACAGCAUGAACAACAACAGCCUACUCCAGCUGAGUCAUCAACUCCAGUUGCAGUACCUGCUGAAAAUGAAGUUGUUCCCGAACAACAACAAGUUGAACAACAACCACAGUCAACUCCUAACGCAGAAGAACAACCUCAAGGAGAAUUAAAUGAUCAAAAUCAACAACCAACUACUACCCCAGCUUCUGCAACUGCUGGAGGACGUGAAGUUUCAAACAAAAUUUUAUAUGUUGGAAACAUACAUAAUAGUAUAUCAGAAGAUAAUUUAAAGGAAUUAUUUUUGGUUGCUGGUCCAACCCAAUCAAUUAAGAUUUUAAAUGAUAAAAAUAAACCAGGAUUUAAUUAUGCCUUUGUUGAAUUUGAAAAUACUCAAAUUGCUGAUCUUGCUUUACGUUCUCUUAAUAGACGUAUAUUAAAUAAUACUGAAAUUAAAAUUAAUUGGGCUUAUCAAUCAUCAAAUGUUGUUAAUAAUAAUUUAACUGAAAAUGAUGAACCAGUGUUUAAUAUUUUUGUUGGAGAUUUAUCUCCAGAAGUUGAUGAUGAAUCAUUAAAGAUAGCAUUCUCAAAAUUUAAUUCAUUAAAGCAGGCUCACGUAAUGUGGGAUAUGCAAACUUCAAGAUCUAGAGGUUAUGGUUUUGUUACUUUUUCAAGUGAAUCUGAUGCUGAAUUAGCUUUACAAACUAUGAAUGGUGAAUGGUUAAAUGGUAGAGCCAUUAGAUGUAAUUGGGCUUCUCAUAAACAACUUCAUAAUAAUAAUGGUAAUAAUAUUAAUAAUAAUAAUAAUUUUAGACAUAACCCAAAUAAUCGUCAUAAUAAUCCAAACAAUAAUUUACAUCAACAUCAUCAUAAUUUACAUCAUAACAAUAAUGCUAAUAAUAGAUUACCAAAUCAACAAUUUAGACAGUUUAAUGGAAAUAUUAAUAAUAACAUCAAUAAUAAUAAUAAUAAUGGUGGACUUUUAUCUUCACAACUUAGUGGUGGCAUUCCUCAACCUCAUCAACAACAACCUUUGAAUUCUAAUUUACAAUCAAAUGGUGGUGCAGUUGGUUCAAUUCCUCCUCAAUUCCAACAACAAAAUGGUUUACCUCAACAACAACAAGGUGUUUUAAAUCCUUCUAUUUCUGCUAAUGGUGAAAUUAAUAAUAACAAUAAUAACAAUAAUACUAACAAUAAUAACAAUAAUAAUGUCCCAGUUAUGUCCCCUCAAUCUUAUGAUAUCGUAUUAAGACAAACGCCUUCAUGGCAAACUACAGUUUAUUUAGGAAAUAUUGCUCAUUUCACUCAACAGAAUGAUAUUAUUCCUUUGGUACAAAAUUUCGGUUAUAUUGUUGAUUUUAAAUUUCAUCCAGAAAGAGGUUGUGCCUUUGUUAAAUAUGAUACUCAUGAACGUGCUGCACUUGCUAUUGUUCAAUUGGCUGGUUUCAAUGUUAAUGGACGUCCUUUGAAAUGUGGUUGGGGUAAAGAUAGACCUCCAAUUGGUCAAUUUCAAAAUUUCGGCCGUGGUGUACCUCCACCUCCAAUGUAUGGUCAAGGUAGACCAUAA